GGCGGCAUCUUUCAAUGCGUUGAGUGUCGAUCAGUGUUCGGCGGCAGCAGCGGCACUGGCUUCAGCAGUGGCCCCGAAUGUUCGAGGUCGGUCAACGACGUGCAUGACGAUAUGCGGGUGUCAUACUCAACCGUCCGGUUGUCCGCAAAGAUUCUCUUUCGAAGAUGUUCGGGCUCGUUUGGACUUGAGCAGGCCUCCAAGAUAGACAGAUUGAUGCACAAACACGACGAGCAGCAGCUCCAGGCUGCAAGGGAGGAGGGAUGCCGAAGUAGCAGCAGCAGCAGCAGCAGCAGCAGCAGCAGGCCCGAACAAAACGAAGAAGACUGCUUGCAGGUGGCAAAGCUAGCCGCUGGUAUGCUCGAUCGUUGGGCUGGAGCGGGACACUUGAUAGUGCCGGGCGAAAAGGCCGUUCCGAGUGCGGCUCUGUUGGACUUGGCUAGGAAAGAGCUCGGUCGAGUAUCCUUGAACGGAAUAACGACCUGCGACGGGACCGGCGCGACCGGGCUAGGGCUGUUCCCGUCUGGAGCGAUGAUAAACCACAGCUGCUCUCCCAAUUGCCAGGCUUGGUGGAGAGGUUCCCAGCUAGAGAUUCGAUGCACCAAGCCGGUCGCGGCGGGAGAAGAGCUAUGCUUGAGCUACAUCCCCAUCGACCAGCCUUCAACUCUCCGACGAGCGCAACUCAGACACAGUUGGUUUUUCGCGUGCCGAUGCCGGAGGUGUGUUUCGAGGCAGUGGGAUGCCGAGCUGGUAGGGCUGCGCUGCCCUACGAAAGGGUGUGCUGGCGCUGUGCCUCCCCCUCCGUGGCGCAGUGGUCACGCGUGCAGCCGCUGUGGCACAUCCCGUGCCUUUAACGAGCCAUCUACACGACCUGCGCCGCCAGAUGAAGGCCGCAAGGAGUCCCGCGGAGCUUCGGUCGUCGCGAUGGACCCACCGUCGUGCUGUGGGCGUGGGACAAUAAGUCCAACCCCACCGGGAGAAGGGGAAAACCUUGAUGUUGAAGAAGGCAUGGCGUGGUCUACCUGUGCAACACGAGGAGCACAAGAGAUGAUAGUAGUGCCAGCGCCCGACUACAGGGGCUGCGAAGAAAGGCUACUGGGAGCGGCAAGGGACUUUCGAAAGGGCAUGGAGGCCUACAUGCAAGAAGAGCCAGACGUUGCUCUCGUGGCGCUGCAGAAAAGCUUGCUUGUUCGGGAGAGUCUCUUGCACCCAUUCAACAAGGAACUGCUGCGCACACUGCGGUACGCGAGUUACGCGGCGAUCGCAACGCAAAGCUGGUUCAAGGCUUACUCAUUUCUGAGUCGUUGGCUGCACCCGAUGGACGUGAUGUACGGUGCUGCGGAGGUGUGGGAUAUAGCCGCCAUGCGCGUUGAUGCCGGUCUGGUUUUAGACAAGCUAAGCGAGGUGACACGUGGUCCGGGAACGGUCCCGCCGCAGGUGGGAGAGGCUCUACCGGGACUUAACAAGCUUUCGGGACAACCAGAUACGGCCGGUAGCAUGGAUCCAGCCGCUUUCGGCGAGAUGGCAACAGGGCUGCGGUGGAUUUGGCUCUGUCUAGGAAGGGGCAGCGGUAUUUCGGCUGAAAUCGCCGCUCUCGAAUCCUUUGCUGCCCACGGCGUAACGUUUCAUGUCAACGGCGAAAACGGUCUUUCAUAAACCGAAGGAUGGUUCGCAGC